AGAAGGGUUUCGAGGGGGCUGAGGAGCUCGGAAGAGGUGCCGCCGGGGCGGAGAGCUAGAAGCUCUGAGAAGAUUCACGGUGCAGCAUCUUGGGAGGUAUGAGGACUUGGCCCUCUGGAGCAUGUACACUAGGCUGUUCAGUCCUGGGCUGUGCUAGCAGCCCCUUCACAGGAAGAGCAAUGGCUGCAGCCGCAGCCUCUCACCUGAACCUGGAUGCCCUCCGGGAAGUGCUGGAAUGCCCCAUCUGCAUGGAGUCCUUCACAGAGGAGCAGCUGCGGCCCAAGCUCCUGCACUGUGGCCAUACCAUCUGCCGCCAGUGCCUGGAGAAGCUACUGGCCAGCAGCAUCAACGGCGUGCGCUGUCCCUUUUGCAGUAAGAUUACCCGCAUAACCAGCCUGAGCCAGCUGACGGACAACCUGACCGUGCUGAAGAUCAUUGACACGGCUGGGCUCAGCGAGGCCGUGGGGCUGCUCAUGUGCCGGGCCUGCGGGCGGCGGCUGCCCCGGCAGUUCUGCCGGAGCUGCGGUGUGGUGUUAUGUGAGCCCUGCCGGGAGGCGGACCACCAGCCUCCCGGCCACUGCACGCUCCCUGUCAAAGAGGCCGCCGAGGAGCGGCGCCGGGACUUUGGAGAGAAGUUGGCCCGUCUACGGGAGCUCAUGGGGGAGCUGCAGCGGCGGAAGGUGGCCUUGGAAGGUGUCUCCAAGGACCUGCAGGCACGGUAUAAAGCCGUUCUCCAGGAGUACGGGCACGAGGAGCGCCGGGUCCAGGAGGAGCUGGCUCGCUCUCGGAAGUUCUUCACAGGCUCUUUGGCUGAGGUUGAAAAGUCCAACAGUCAAGUGGUGGAGGAGCAGAGUUACCUGCUCAACAUCGCAGAGGUGCAGGCUGUGUCCCGCUGUGACUACUUCCUGGCCAAGAUCAAGCAGGCGGAUGUGGCGCUCCUGGAAGAGACGGCGGACGAGGAGGAGCCCGAGCUCACCGCCAGCCUGCCCCACGAGCUGACCCUGCAGGACGUGGAGCUCCUCAAGGUCGGCCACGUGGGCCCCCUCCAAAUCGGGCAGGCGGUUAAGAAGCCCCGGACAGUCAACAUGGAAGACUCCUGGGCCAUGGAGGCUGCGGCUUCUGCUGCCUCUACUUCUGUGACAUUUAGAGAGAUGGACAUGAGCCCCGAGGAAGUUGCCAGCCCGAGGGCCUCGCCUGCUAAGCAGCGGGGAGCCGAGACAGCCGCCAGCAUCCAGCAGUGCCUCUUUCUCAAGAAGAUGGGGGCCAAAGGUAGCACUCCAGGCAUGUUCAACCUUCCGGUCAGCCUCUACGUGACCGGUCAAGGCGAGGUGCUGGUCGCUGACCGAGGCAACUACCGUAUACAAGUCUUUACCCGCAAAGGCUUCUUGAAGGAGAUCCGCCGCAGCCCCAGCGGCAUCGAUAGCUUUGUGCUGAGCUUCCUUGGGGCUGAUCUGCCCAAUCUCACUCCUCUCUCAGUGGCCAUGAACUGCCACGGGCUGAUCGGUGUGACUGACAGCUAUGACAACUCCCUCAAGGUGUACACCUUGGAUGGCCACUGCGUGGCCUGUCACAGGAGCCAGUUGAGCAAGCCCUGGGGCAUCACAGCCCUUCCAUCCGGCCAGUUCGUGGUAACUGAUGUGGAGGGUGGAAAGCUCUGGUGCUUCACUGUUGACCGAGGAGCAGGGGUGGUCAAGUACAGCUGCCUGUGCAGUGCCGUUCGGCCCAAGUUUGUGACCUGCGACACCGAGGGCACCGUCUACUUCACCCAGGGCUUGGGCCUUAAUCUGGAGAAUCGGCAGAAUGAGCACCACCUGGAGGGCGGCUUCUCCAUUGGCUCCGUGGGCCCCGACGGGCAGCUGGGUCGCCAGAUCAGCCACUUCUUCUCAGAGAACGAGGAUUUCCGCUGUAUCGCCGGCAUGUGUGUGGAUGCGCGUGGGGAUCUCAUCGUGGCUGACAGCAGUCGCAAGGAGAUUCUCCACUUCCCCAAGGGGGGUGGCUAUAGUGUCCUUAUCCGAGAGGGGCUCACCUGUCCAGUGGGCAUCGCCCUCACUCCUAAGGGGCAGCUGCUGGUCUUGGACUGUUGGGAUCACUGCAUCAAGAUUUACAGCUACCAUCUGAGAAGAUAUUCUACCCCUUAGGGGGCUGAGUGAUAGCAGUUUCUUGUGCUCCUCAGCCAUCUUCCCUUCCCUUACUCCUUGGUUGUUGGUGGUACUGUAGAGUAGACUUGGCCUGUGUCCUGAUUCCAGCUGGCUAGUCCUAGAAGUUUAGAAGCUGUGUCUCUUUUAGUGUGUUUGUUUGUUUUAAUUUGCAUUAUCUCCUCCCUAAGUUUAGAGCUUUAACAGAUGCACUGCCCUAAAUAGGACACGAUAUGAGGUUAGCCAAUGUUUGAGUAGAAGCUAGACACUUCCAGGGCUUCAGUAGCCUUUUGCCCCUGUAUUUGAAAUUUGCCCUUGUAUUGAAUCCUUGUUGAUUUUUCUAUCUUUUGGCUUUGACCACUCUGGUCCAUUAUUUCCUCCCUUAUUGAUAUACACUCCAUCUGUGACUUUCUCUUCAGCUCUGCUGCAUUUAGCAUGCAUGCUCCAGUGGGACCUGCUGCACCUUUCAGUGACACUUCAGACAUCCUAUCCCUGUGGCAUGAUGUCUCGGGUCAGAGCACCUUUCACUUAGUGCCACCAAGGGAGACAUACAGUCCCUCUGGGAAGCAGGGCCUCUCAGCUCGGGGAGGGGGGGGGUCUAUGCUAUCUUGGAUUGGUCUCCAGUUGUGGCAGUGACAGAGGACGGAUUGACCCUUGUCGGCUGGUAUUGAAGGCCUUAGCCUGGAAAUUGCUAGCCUUUCAAAGGAGCAUAUGGAUUGGAAUUAGGCCAAAGCAUAGGAAGAUGGGAAUAAACAGAAAUAAAUGCUUUUAUAGUCAGAAGACACUAUUGGGUAGUCUCUAGAGCUCAUUGUUUUUCAUACUACCUCUCUCCACUGACCUGUGCUAAGAGCUGUCUGUGGAAUUGUACAACACAGGCUGGGGCCAACACAGUGCAGAGGGGGACACAUCUCAUUUUCAUCAUUAAAACUGUGGGGUCCUUAUUCUGUAUUUUCCUCAAGUGAGUGCAUCAUAUUUGGUUUGGGGAUUUAUUUCCAUUCCUCUAUCAAGCAUUAAAUGAUUGAUAACUGUUUCUUCA